AUGUCAGUACGUGCCGAUGUUGUGCAGGGGGACAGAGAACCUUGCUUUCGUUCACUCAAGUUCCCAUGUGCUUCACCAUCAUGCAUAACGGAAGCACCGUACGCUGGACGCCGGACGCUCGAGGCUCAGCGCUCAGACCUCGUCUUUUGCGAUGACACUGGCUUGCAGCACCGUUGGUCACUCCGAGCCGUCACUCAGCUACGCCAUCAACACAUCUCAACGAAAGGUGGGGCUGCAAUCGGUCCGGAUGGCGAACUUCAAUGGCAUCAAUUUGAUGGACUCAAUCCAAUGGUGUCAAUUGUGUCAAUAUAUUGCUGUUUCAUCCCACUGGUAUUCCCGAUUAUGAUUAGUUACUAGUUGUUGAUAUUAGUCGCCCCGCGCGUCUCGAGCCUGCCUCGCGCGCGCUCCCUUAGCGCUUAUCUUCUUUCUCCAACUAUCUUUACUAUCUUCAUCGGCUCUCGUACUUACGCACUUCGUGCCUCGGCCUCAGUUCCAUGAAAGGUUAUGAGCCCACCUAGCCUAUCAGCGGCGGGCGACCUCGACGUCCACGGUGACAUGGCAUCAACGCCUCCACCACCGUCAUCAACGUCGUACCAUACCAACGACGUCGCCUCCACUACCUCCGUCACGCUCACUAAAGAGCAAUUCGACGAGCUGAUCAGGAACCAGCGCCCCGCACGGGACGACGACGCAUUCUCCAUGCGUCAGCGCCUACCCCCAGCCAACCCUCCGGUCUUCCCCGACGACUCGAAACUUACGGAGGACAAUUACGUUGACUGGGUCCCCACGAUGCCGCCAUGCCCGCCCUCUUGGGCUGGAUUCAACGCUCGGACGAAUCGAGCGACGGUCCUCGUUGCGAAGGCGGUCGUACCGACCAAACGCUCUGCACCAGGCAAGAAGGGAAAAUGGGAUCGUUCUGGUCCUGCCCCGAGCAACUGCCCAGCUUGUGGUCAAGGCAAACACUGGCUCGACAAGUGUCCGGAAUCGCGCAAGCGAGCCAAGUACCUCGAGCUCAAGAACGCCAUGAAGGAACUCCAAGGUUCAUCAUCGCCUACGUCCACGUUCGUGGCCACCGAGGAAGCAUCCAAGGAUCAACACCUGUCCGUCGUUUCUUCUGCUACGUUUGUCAACAUCGGGCCACCGGCGGAAAUCCUUCUGCUAGACUCGGCGUCGGCGUGCCACGUCGUCAACGAUGCGUCCUUCUUUGACGGCCCCCUUUCGCCUACCCCGCAAGUCCUGCAAGGUCUAGGGGGAACGGUGAAGGCCUCGGGAAUCGGCUCGGUCAAGCUCGUCUCCGAUAAUGGUACCAGGUUCACCCUCAACGACGUGAUCUACGCCCCCGAGAGCCCUGCCAACCUCAUCUCAGUCCGGGCCUUCGACCGCAAAGGCGUUCGCAUCACCUUCGAACACGGACAAGUCGAGCUCCGCACGCCGCAAGGGUGCAUCGCCACAGCAUCAGCCAUCGCGUCCUGCGUUUACAAACUCAACGCUUCGGUCCAAGCUGCCAGCAAAGAUGCGCGACACACGCUCGUUGCCACCAAGUCCAAUAGGCUACCUUUACUUACCCUUCACCGGCGCUACGUGUAAGGCAAGGCCUUACGACGGGCCACAGGCAUUAGAAAUAGAGCUUGCGCGCGCCUAGCUUCUUCAGCUCUCUCUUCAUCGAGCUGACACCAGAAGCUAGGUGAGUACUGGUGUUCCCUAUCUCAGCACUAUCGUAUCUCAUCGAGCUGACACCAGAAGCUAGUUGUAAUCCAUAUAACUUGCACCUGUCAUCUUCGGUCACCAGUGAGGCUCCGCUGUCCGAGACAGCGUGCCUUUCACUACGGCCACGCCUCUGUCCAGACACUUAAAAAACUGGCGGCCUCUGGCCAGGUGGAGGGUUUAGAUUGGCCCUACAGUGACUUCGAGUGUGAUGACUUCACCUGCAACGCGUGCCUUGCCUCCAAAGCGCAUCGUUUGCCUUUCCCCUCUUCGUCGUCGCAUGCCGCGGAACCACUCGCAUUGGUGCACUCGGACGUCUUAUCUUUCCCCGAGGAAUCCUUAGGCCAUAAGCGAUACCUCGUCACGUUCAUCGACGACUUCUCGAGGAAGACUUGGGUUUACCCCAUCGGGCACAAGAGCGAGGUCCUUCAGACAUUCAAGGAUUGGCUUCUGGAGAUCGAAAACGCCACGGGUCGCAGGGUCAAAACACUUCGCUCGGACAACGGGGGCGAGUAUGUCUCUACCGCUUUCAACGGCUAUUGCGUGGCCCGCGGAAUUCGUCGCGAAUUGACCAUACCGUACACACCCGAGCAAAACGGUCGGGCUGAGCGAGCCAACCGGUCAAUCGUCGAGGGCACCCUGGCUCUACUGUCUCACUCGGGACUCCCACGAUCGUGCUGGGACGAGGCUGCCAUGUGUUACAUUCACGCCAAGAACCUCUCGCCUCACGCGGCCCUUGGUGGAGCCAUCCCAAACAGUCGUUGGUCGGGCCACACACCAGGCGUAGGGGGUCUUCGGGCAUUCGGUUGUCGCGCUUGGACCACCGUGCCGGCUCACCGACGGGACAAGCUCGACCCAAAAGGGAUUCCUCUGGUCUUCGUCGGGUAUGAUCGACACGCGAAAGCCUACCGUCUUCUUGAUCCUUCCUCCAUGCGUGUGAGUCUGGGCCGCAAUGUGAUGUUCGUAGAAACCGAGUUCCCCUUCGCUAUCGCGUCCACCCGAGUGACGCAGCCGUCCAUCCCGGGUUAUGCCCCCCCAGCCCCCACCCGUCGAGCCUCCCCCACGGCCACCGGCCCCAACACCUGUCGAGGCACCCGCGUCGCCCGCAUCGACCAGCUCGGCCGACAACGACGACGCCUCAUCGACCACGAGCGCAACGACGGAGUCAGCCGUGAACCUGCCGCAACCACCUCCGGAUCCAGCUCCACUCGCCAAAGUCAAGCCGACUUGGGAGUACGGCGACGUCGUCAAGGUUGGUCCCAAUCCAGGGAAGUACGGUGAAGUCGACGCUCGAAACAUCAUUGAUGGCCCCCGGACUCGCCGCCAACCCGUUCCCACCAUGAUCACGCGGGAACAGCUAGUCGACGGCCCCGACGGACCCACCGCCUCUUUCAAGAGCCUGCUCCUUGCCUUCGCAUCCACCAAGGCCGGCUUCGCAGAUCAUGACUUGUCGGUUGUUCGCGAUCCGGCAAAUUGGGGCGACGUCAUCCGAUCGGGACAAGAGGACGUUUGGGGCGCUCCGGCACAGGAUGAAUUCGAUUCCCUUCUGAACGAUUACGAGGUCUUCCAAAUCGUCGAAUCCUGUGAGCUCCCAGCGGGUGAGAUCCUCCUGCGGUCGGGCUGGGUGUUCCGGACUAAACGCAACCAGCAUGGCGACAUCACCGACCACAAGGCCCGACUUGUCGCUCACGGAUGUGCCCAACACCUUGGCCUUGACUUCGAGAAGACCUACGCCCCUGUCGUCAAAUUCACGUCCAUUCGAGCCCUCAUCGCACUCGCCGCGGCCAACGGCUAUCACGUCCAUCAGGCCGACGUCAACAAGGCGUAUUUACACGGCAAACUUGACAAGCCUCUCUACAUGCGCGUCCCUCAGGGCAUAAACCUACCAGGCAAGAUCCUCAAGCUGUCCAAAUCCAUCUACGGCCUUCGCCAGGCCGGCACCAUCUGGAACGCUGAGAUCGACUCGACUCUGCGGUCCCUCGGAUACGUCCCCACCAGGUCUGACAUCUGUAUCUACCGCCGCGAACACGACGGGCACUCGCACUAUAUUGCCUUGUACGUCGACGACUUGCUUUUGGUUGGUCCCUCUACCGCCGAAAUCGAGCGGGUGCUGGACGCGCUGGAACUCGCAUACGGCAUCAAACGUCUCGGACCUGCCGAAUAUAUUCUAGGCAUCCAAGUCAAACGUGGACAAGACGGCUCUAUCACGCUCUCACAAGAGCGCUACCUUCGGGACAUCCUUGCCAGGUUCCAAUUCACCGAUGCCAAGCCGGCAAGUAUUCCAAUGCAGCCAGGUGUCGUCCUUGACUUCGAGGACUUGGCGGCCACUCCUCAGGAUCGUACGCGUUACUUGCAGGCCAUCGGUUCGUUGAUGUACGCCGCAGUUGGAACUCGUCCGGACCUCGCCUUCGUGGUCAGCUACCUCGCUCGCUUCUCCCAGCAGCCCGGCCCGGAGCAUUGGACAGCCUUCAAGCAGGUCCUCCGUUACAUCAAAGGCACGCUGGACUUGGGCCUCACCUAUCGCAAGACCAGCCAACCACUCCAUGGCUACUCGGAUGCGAACUGGGGAGCCUGUCUAACGACCUCACGAUCGACCAUGGGCUACGCGUUCAUCUUGUCCGGAGCCGCUAUUGCUUGGUGCUCCAAACGCGAGCACAGGGUGGCCAAGUCCACUACCGACGCAGAGUACCUCUCUCUUUCAUACACAAGCGGUGAUGCCAUCCACCUGAGCGAACUCCUGGCUGAACUUGGCGCUCCGGUCUCCGGUCCAGUCGUACUCUACGGGGACAACCAAGGUUCGCUGGCUCUUGCGCAGCACCCGACCAACCAUCAGGGGUCUCGUCAUGUUCGCAUCUCGGAACAUUACGUCCGCGAGAGGGUAGCUGAGAAGGAGAUCGAGGUCCGCUACAUCGCCACCGGCGACAUGUUUGCCGAUAUUUUCACCAAAGCCUUGGGUCCCAAGCCGUUCAUCUUCCAUCGGGAGAAUUUGGGUUUGCGAGGUGCAGUGGUAUGACAGCACGGGGGGGUGUCAAUAUAUUGCUGUUUCAUCCCACUGGUAUUCCCGAUUAUGAUUAGUUACUAGUUGUUGAUAUUAGUCGCCCCGCGCGUCUCGAGCCUGCCUUGCGCGCGCUCCCUUAGCGCUUAUCUUCUUUCUCCAACUAUCUUUACUAUCUUCAUCGGCUCUCGUACUUACGCACUUCGUGCCUCGGCCUCAGUUCCAUGAAAAAUUGCGCAUCUCGCCACCGAGCUGGUCCCAGAUUUGCCCGCCACGGCUUCUUAUAGCUGGUGGGUGUACAAAAGAAACCGGAAUGCGCUGCGAUCAUUCAAUGCCUUUCUGACAAGGCGAUGGACGAUCUCGCUGGAAUUGAUGAGUACCGACCUCGAGCCAUCUGCUGCGCAAACGUACGGCGCGCGCAGGCGAAACCCCGAUGUGAACGCUGAGGGACCCUUACUACCGACCGUGGCUAUGGCGCGUCAGCGCUACGAGGUCAUGGGUCUGGAGUUGGGCGUCGUGGAGGAGGGAGCACAGGCGGGCCGCCAGACGUUCAAAAAAUUCAGGGUAGCGGGCUCCGCCCGCAAGUACCAAGUUGACAAGUUAAGGAUUCUGGAAAAGGUACGUUCGUGGACGCGAUGGCGCAUUGGCUGCCACGAUGGUGGUGUCACGGCCAUCGGUUCUCUGAACAUCCUCUCUUUGUGUACAGGCUAUCGGCUUGCACCCAGGGCAUUCGCUGUUCGAGGACGAGUAUCGGGCGCACAAUCCUGUCAUGGUCAAGCUCAGAUGCCCAACUUGUGCCGCGGGACGGCUGUGUGGAACGCCGAUCGCCUUCACUCAGGACCUCAUCCGCUGUAACUUAUGCGGAUUGUACUUACAUAAGUUACAUGCCGAGAUCUCCAAAGAGGAGCAAAGAACGACAAGAUGCAUCAUAUGUGUGAAUGUGGUGUCAACGAAGGAUCUGCGCGCAGACGAAUUCAAGAAGCUCUCUGGAACGUAAGUGGCCUCAAUGUAUGCCGCAUUGUGGAACUCCCUGUGUUCCAGGAUUAAUACGAUUUUUUACUACAGUAUUUCGCUUGCUCGUUCAUGAGCAUGGGCUUACAUCAGUGAGGCUUGGAGGCUAGUUAAGGUCCAUGACUAUGGAGUUCAUCGGGAUGGGCUCGGAGCGCGGGCACUGGCUGAAGUUUCAUGUCCAGAAGGCGUCAAUCUCCAGCUGGUCCCGGGUAACAAACUGGCAUGGUCUUUCAGAAAUGCGAAACAAUUGGAAGGAAGCAAGAAUCGGGAGAUUUAAUUGAGUGUGAGUCAGUAUCCUGAAUGGCAUGGCAGAGUGUGCUGGCUUGGCUGACCGGCAUUGCCUACUUGUCACUCUUCAUCAGUUGCAGGUUCCCACUGAGGCAAUACUCAAGAAGGCUUGGGGCACAAAUACUAGUCUGGCGAAGACAUUUAUCAAAGACACCAAAAAGACUAUCAAGCAUCUGAACGUAGGCAAGUGACCAAAAACCGGUUUGCGCAGAAAAAAAAUAUCAGGCUGAUCCUUCUCCCAAGCUCUUUCUUGCACAUUGAACAUAGCCGCCUCAUUAUCCAGUGCGAAGAAGCUAGCGGCGGAACGGUACGCCGAUAAUGAUAGCGAUGAGGAUGGCCCUGUGAGACAUCUCUACUCCUCCAUAUUGCAGAAGUGCUACUUACUUGCAUUGCCCUUGGCGCAGAUCAUCCAAUCUGAACCAGAGGAAGCCACUGCAGUGGGUGGGCAUACAGUGUCCUGUAGAACCACAGCAGUCGUGUGA